GAGCCUCCUCCCGCUCCGUAGUUAACCCGGAAGUGGUCGUGUAGUUCACCGCUGUUUGACACAUUUUCCACAGUUUCGUGUUUUAAAACCUUUCGUUUCUUCUCGUUUCUUCGUCCCGUCGCUUGAAACCGAUCCUCGUCUGUCGCAGGAAGAAGAGCAGAAAUAGUCGGCCACCAUGUUCCUCACCCUCACCCUGCUGCGGAAAGGCAUCCCCGGGAAGCAGUGGAUCGGAAAGUACCGGCGUCCACGGCAGAUCACGUGGCAGAUGCAACGCAACACGCUGAAGCGGCUGGAGAUCGAGGCUGAGAACGAAUACUGGAUCAGCCGGCCGUACAUGACUUCAGAGCAGGAGUACGGAAACGCCGCCGAGCGCAGAGCCAAGAGCUGGCUCAAGAUCAAGGAGUCCAAAUUCGCCAAUUUCCCAGAACACAAGCACAUAACGGAUCACCUGAGUCAUCUCAACAUCACCAAGACGUGGUCGAGUUAAUGCAAACAAUGAAACUACGCACAAAGACUGUCUUUAUGUGACAACACAACAUGUUAAUGUGUGAGGGAGAGCGCUGCUUUGUUAUCAAUGUGAAGGGGACUCAGAAUGUCGGCUGAACAGCUGCCAUGAAAAUGUGUCAAUACUUCAACAGCCUGUUUUAACUCUGUCUCCAUAAAACUAAUCCUCAAAACAGUUUGUGGUUUGUCUGUUGGAACAAACUGAAUCCACUCUGCAGCAGGACUGUGAUUCCUCCACAUUCAGAUCAGCUUUCUCAAGCUGUUUCAGACAUGAACUCUGAAAACUUCCCAGAAAAUUGGAUCAUUUCUACGGAGUUUGUCCGUCACAUAUAAAAGACGCAGCAGGAGAUUGUUCUGUUCAGACGCGAACAUUCAGGCGAGUUCUUACUGUAUUUUCUCGUGGGGUCACUGAAGCAUUUUGUGGACAUGUCACUAGCUGGCAGGAAAAAUCCUGCAGCAACUGACUUAGGCAUUUGUGCUCUCACAUACAGCCCCUCCAGAAAAUGUCAGUGCAUGUCUGAAAGCAGCUUUAGAUAAUCGGCUCUAUAGCUGAUCUGUGGGUCCUUUGAGCUAAUUAACAAUAUACAGUUUCAAGUUGAGAAAUUCAGGCUUCAGGCUGGUUCUAACAUCUGUGAUUUUAUAUAUUUGCUACUGAAGUGUGUUUCCCCUGAGGUAAAUCAUAGAGGAACUAUAUAAAGUGGAAGGGGAGUUUUUGGCAAAAUGUUUCACACAGGGUUAAUCCUACAUUCUAUUUCACUUAAUUGUGUAUUAAACAGUUGAGACUGUCAGUGCGGCGAAAUAAAUCUGAGACUUAAGAGU